AUGGAAGAAUGCACUGAUAUAUCUGAUGUGGAGGAAGAAGAUUCUAUUGCUGCUGUUGACAAGUAUUUGUCAAACUACACUGAUGAGGAGGAGGACAGUGAAGAUGGAGGCGGGAAUGAUGAUGCGCCUCCUUUAGUCAACAUGAGAAAAUUGGUGACCCCCAAACGAAACCUAUCUAUCUAUCUAUCUAUCUAUCACAACAGUAGAGAUUAUAGAAUCCUUGUUAACUCCGCAAUCGUUUCGAUGGCUACAUACUUUUCGUUUGGCGCAUGGCUGUUUACGAUAUUUCGCUAUUUGCCCCCCCCACGUCUGUUCCCUUAUUUUUUUUUCGGUUUUCUUCUCUCACCCCCUAUCUAUAUAUUUCUAGUGUUUACUCUCUUUUCGUUAAUAUUUUCUCAUUCUAUCUAUUGUCAUUCUGUCUACAAACUGUCUACAAAUGUUUCUUUCUUUCUAAAAUUUCAUAAUCUUGAUCGUUCUCCUUUUGGUUACUUCUUUCUAAAGGACACUCUUUCUUCUUCUUUUACAAUUGCUAAUUUUUCGUUGUGUCAACAAACCAUAUGCGACCCCAGUACUUCUGCAAAUUCUUUUUCGCUCUCUUUUCCAUCACUUUGUUUCCUAUGCUUUCUACGUCGUUCUUUCUCUCUUUGGUGUCUCCGUGUAUUUCCUUCCAAACCAUUUUCUCUCAUACGCAUUUUUAUGUCUAAUUUCCUCAUUAUAAUGAUGAAAAUGUACUUUUCUUUCUUUCUUUCUUUCUUUCUUUCUUUCUUUCUUUCUUUCUUUUUUUUUCUUUCUUUCUUUCCUUGUUUCUUUCUUUCUUUCCUUGUUUCUUUCUUUCUUUUUUCUUUCUUUCUUUCCUUGUUUCUUUCUUUCUUUUUUCCUUUCUUUCUUUCCUUGUUUCUUUCUUUCUUUCCUUGUUUCUUUCUUUCUUUCUUUCCUUGUUUCUUUCUUUCCUUGUUUCUUUCUUUCCUUGUUUCUUUCUUUCUUUCCUUGUCUCUUUCUUUUUUUCUUUCUUUCUUUCUUUCCUUGUUUCUUUCUUUCUCUUGUUUGUUUCUUUCUUUUUUCUUUCUUUCUUUCCUUGUUUCUUUUUUCUUUCUUUCUUUCUUUCCUUGUUUCUUUCUUUCUUUUUUCUUUCUUUCUUUCCUUGUUUCUUUCUUUCUUUCCUUGUCUCUUUCUUUUUAUCUUUCUUUCUUUCUUUCCUUGUUUCUUUCUUUCCUUGUUUCUUUCUUUCUCUUGUUUCUUUCUUUUUUCUUUCUUUCUUUCCUUUUUUCUUUUUUCUUUCUUUCUUUCUUUCCUUGUUUCUUUCUUUCUUUCCUUGUUUCUUUCUUUCUUUUUUUCUUUCUUUCUUUCCUUGUUUCUUUCUUUCUUUUUUCUUUCUUUCUUUCCUUGUUUCUUUCUUUCUUUCCUUGUUUCUUUCUUUCUUUCUUCCUUUCUUUCCUUGUUUCUUUCUUUCUUUCUUUCCUUGUUUCUUUCUUUCUUUCCUUGUCUCUUUCUUUUUAUCUUUCUUUCUUUCUUUCCUUGUUUGUUUCUUUCUUUCCUUGUUUCUUUCUUUCUCUUGUUUCUUUCUUUCUUUUUUCUUUCUUUCUUUCCUUGUUUCUUUUUUCUUUCUUUCUUUCUUUCCUUGUUUCUUUCUUUCUUUCUUUCUUUGUUACGUUAGUACUUUCUUUCUUUCUUUCUUUCUUUCUUUCUUUCUUUCUUUCUUUAAUUAUUACGUUUUCCUCGUUCUUUAAAUCCUUAUAUCUUUCUCUCUUUCUCGUUAUUAUUGUCCUCUUCCCUCCCAUCCUCUUCCUCACCUCUUCUAAUGUUUCUCUUUAUACGUUCUCCCCCCGCCACUUUUCACCUUCUGCUUUCCUCUUCCUUUAUUCAUCCUGUAAUUUUCUUUUUCGUCAUUCUCGAUCCUCUCUUUCUUCCUCCCUACCCCCCUCUCUCUCUCUCUCUCUCUCCCUCUCUUACAGGAUUUUUCUCCCAUCUCUUCUCAUUCUUUCUUAA